GACAAGUAAACAACACUUGACCGCCGGGAAACUUUACUUACCUAAAAUAGUAAAGUUAACAGUAAAUACACCGUACACGAAAAGGGCAAUGAGGUUCAAAUUCUGUGGAGACCUGGACUGCCCAGAUUGGGUCCUCGCUGAAAUCGCAACGCUAUCUAAAAUUACAUCUGUCAAGAUGAAGUUACUGUGCAAUCAGGUGAUAGCUGACCUUCUGGGAAAACCAAUUGAUUAUAAUAAAGUGAGCAAGCUUACCGCAGAUGCCAAAUACGAAAUUGGUGACAUCAAGGCGAGCAUUGCCUGUCUGUCAUUCAUUCUCUCGAGUGCUGCCAAGUACAGUGUGAGCAGCGAGUCCCUGUCGAACGAACUCCAGCAGCUAGGCCUUCCUAAAGAACACAGCACAUCAUUAUGCAAGUCAUACGAAGAUAGCAUUGGAAUGCUGCGAGAGGAGCUUGCAAGAAGAAGUCUCACAUUGCCAAGUGUCGUAGGUUUGGAAUGGCGAGUGGACUAUGUUUUAAGCUCUAGUCACGUUAAGGAGAUAUAUGAGCCAUACGUUCACCUCAGGCUAAAAAUCAAUGACCCAGAUACAGGAUUAACAGAAUAUCUACCUUUCACUCUCACUGCCAACAAGUUUAAGGUUUUUCAUCAUGGUAAGUAG